AUGUUGACCGCUCAGCGACUUGCGUCUGUCCUUCUCUCUAAGAUUGAGAUCGAAAGGAAAUUCAUCCCGACACGAGCUUUCCUGGAUGCCCUCAAGCGACAAACUAAACCGGCGACUAUACAGUUUAUUCGCGACGUCUACUACGACGGCAACGAUUCACGCCUUACUCUGGGCGGGCUUUGGGUUCGUAGACGCACUGUCCUUGAUGCUGGCGCCUCCUCCCCUCGCUCGUCAUGGGAGGCCAAAGUGCGUGUGGGUGGGGACCGAGUAGCGUCUCAAUUUCUUGAAGUUGAAGGGCCCCAAGCCGUUGAACGCGAAAUCCAGCGUGUGCUCGGCGAAAGAAAUGUCACCAUAGACGCCAUUCACGAGCAUCUCGAGGUCAUGUGUGACUUGACAACGCGGCGGCUAUCGAGCCCUCUACCUCUGGAUCUCUUUCCAGCGCCGACAACCCUCCCGCUAGAGCAACUCACUGUCGCCAUUGACCAAGCCGUGGAGACCAAAUCUGGCGACUUUUCUGCGGCUUGCGGUGUCCUCGAAAGACCGCCACAGGGCUUCCGAGAAAGGGAGUUCUUCCAUGAGAUUGGGGAGCUCGAGCUUAUGGAACAGGUCCGCACCAACGCAACCGAAGACGACCAUGAAGCGAGGAGAAAGGUGGUCGCGGAGGAGCGUGCUGCCCAACUUGACGCGUUCAUAAACGGGUACCCAGCCCUCUUCCCUAAAACUCCAACGCCCCAAGGAAAGCUCAAUGCCUACUUUGCGUGGUUGGAGCGCCAUCGAUGA